AUGAAUGUGAUCGAAACAGUGCCUGAGGAAGUGGUCGGAGCAGUACUGGAGUGUCUGAAGAACUGGUCGGAACAGGAAUUGAUCGAAGCAGUGCCGGAGUAUCUGAAGAACUGGUCGGAACAGGAAUUGAUCGAAGCAGAAGUGAUCGAAGCAGUGCUAGAGUGUCUGAAGAACUGGUCGGAACAGGAAUUGAUCGAAGCAGUGCCGGAGUGUCUGAAGAACUGGUCGGAACAGGAAUUGAUCGAAGCAGUGCUGGAGUAUCUGAAGAACUGGUCGGAACAGGAAGUAAUCGAAGCAGUGCUGGAUGCCGGAGUAUCUGAAGAACUGGUCGGAACAGGAAGUAAUCGAAGCAGUGCUGGAGAGUCUGAAGAACUGGUCGGAACAGGAAGUAAUCGAAGCAGUGCUGGAGAGUCUGAAGAACUGGUCGGAACAGGAAGUAAUCGAAGCAGUACUGGAGUGUCUGAAGAACUGGUCGGAACAGUGCCUAAGGAAUUGAUCGAAGCAGUGCCGGAGUAUCUGAAGAACUGGUCGGAACAGGAAGCCUGAGGAAGUGCAGUGCCUGAAUAACCGGUCGAAGCAGUGAUAGGGCAACAGCGGUCGAAAGGUUGUAGUCGAAGCAGCAGUAGUCGAAGCAGCAGUAGUCUCAGGGAAGUUAGGGAAGUGGUCGAAGUGGUCGAAGUAAACGAAGUAGUCAAAGUAGUCGAAGCUGUGGUCGAUGAAGUCGGU